AUGAAGAAGAGAGAUGACGCGAAGCAGCUGACCAACAUGAAGCGUUCAUAUCAUAAGGCUUUAAAAAAGGGGCGUCGUCUAGAACAGGCCAGAUGGGCGAACAUGAUCGGAGGUAUCUACAUGAACGCGAAAGGGGAUUAUGACGAAGCGCUAAAAUGGUUUCAGAUUGAUUACAAUCUUUGUGCUGAUCAUUAUUUUUCUCAAAAGGAGUUGCUCCCAACUUAUCAAUCCCUUGGUGAAGUUUAUCUUCGUCUCAGCCGUUUCAGUGACGCCAUUCUUUAUCAGAAAAAGCAUUUGGUGAUUGCAAAGAAUAUAGAUGACAUGGUUGAGGUGCAAAGAGCGUGCACCCAACUUGGUCGGACAUACCAUGAAAUUUUCACAAAGACGAACGAUGAUCAAACCUCCCUUCAGAAAGCCAGAGAGUAUUUUACUGCUGCCCUGAAGUUAGCUCAAAUUCAUAAAGAAAGGAGAAGUAAUUCAACAAAGCGGGCUUUUGUUAAAGAGUACGUUGAUGCUCACAACAACAUUGCAAUGAUUGAACUCGAUCGUGAUAGGUUUGAUGAGGCAGAAAAGUAUCUCACCAUGGGAUUAAGGUUGUGUGACGAAGAAAAAAUAGAUGUGAACGAUGAGAGUCGAGCUAGGUUUCAUCACAAUCUUGGUAGUGUUUACAUGGAACUCAGGAAAUGGGAUGAAGCUCGACAGCAUAUUGAGAAGGAGAUUGAGAUUUGCAGGAACAUCGGUCAUCGUCAAGGACAGGCAAAGGGGUUCAUCAACCUUGGUGAGUUGCUUUACAGGUUACAAGAUUAUGAUGCGGCUACUGUAUCUUUCAAAAACGCAAUGGAGUUUGCAGACGGGGAACAAUCUUUGGCCAACCAAAUUAGCCAGAAUUUAGAAACUGUGAAAGAAGCAACCAAGGUAAUGGAUUAUGUGAAGAAACAAGAAGAGCAUCUUGAACUUUUGACAAGUCACAUGACCAUGUUUAGCGGAAAAGCAGACAAAAGGAAGUGCUUGCGAAUGCAGAAGGCAUGUCUUGAUCGCCUUAUUGAACAUACAAGAAUUAUUUCUUCAUGGAACCAGCAUCUCCGCUUUGCAAGAAAGAAGACAUACAUUGCGGGCGAGCUUGUUGACCCAAAUUCAGUGGCUGAAUCAUAUCUGGUCAUAGGCUUGUCAUAUCAAAAGCUCAGGAACUUCACCAAAGCCAAAAAAUGGUGUUAUAAAAGUUUUAAAAAAUACAGAGAGAUCAAUGACGUUAAGGGUCAGGCAUUGGCAAACCUUAAUCUCGGAAAUGCCUUGGACUCGAUGGGAGAAUGGGGUGAUGCAUUUCAUGCAUUUAGGCGAACCAACAGAAUGGCCCGUCAGGCUAACCUACCCCAUGUCCAGUUGUCUGCCCUGGAGAAUAUGCAUUUCAGUCAGCUGAUCAGAUUUGACAAUGUUGCAGAGGCGAUGAAGUUGCAGUCACAAAUAGACGAGCUUAAGCGGUCAAUAGGUGAGCUUGGACCAUCAGAAGUUGAAAGUGACUACUGA